GGCGCGCAUGCGCACGUCCCCACGCACGCUCCGGCGUACGGCGGCGGCCAGGGGUCGCGAGCCGGUGGCAGGACCCGUGUCUCGCGCGCGGAGGAACCCGGGGAGUCAACGCGUCUUCCCUCCCUCCCCCCACUCCCCUCCCCGCUCCCUCCCCCCUCCCCAAGAAUGUUCCGCUACGAGUCUUUGGAGGAUUGUCCUCUGGAUGAAGAUGAAGACGCCUUUCAAGGGUUGGGUGAGGAAGAUGAAGAGAUUGAUCAAUUCAAUGAUGACACGUUUGGAUCGGGCGCAGUGGAUGAUGAUUGGCAAGAAGCACAUGAGCGCCUGGCUGAACUGGAAGAGAAGCUGCCAGUGGCGGCUACUGAACAAACAGGCAAUGGAGAACAAGAUGAGAUGGACCUGCUGGGCGACCACGAGGAGAACCUGGCUGAGCGGCUGAGUAAGAUGGUCAUCGAGAAUGAACUGGAGGACCCAGCAAUCAUGACAGCAGUGCAGACCAGGCCAGUUUUGCAACCCCAACCAGGAAGUCUCAGUUCCAGCAUCUGGGAUGGGUCUGAAGUUCUGAGACGUAUCCGAGAACCACUGCUUGCUCAGGAAAUGCCCACGGUGUCUGUCUUGGAAUAUGCCUUGCCUCAGAGGCCUCCCCAGGGCCCAGAAGACGACCGCGACCUUUCUGAGCGCGCGUUGCCAAGGCGGUCCACCUCACCUGUCAUUGGGAGUCCUCCUGUCCGAGCUGUCCCCAUAGGCACCCCGCCUAAGCAGAUGGCCACACCCAGCUUCAACCAGCAGAUUCUGUGCCCAAAGCCAGUCCAUGUUCGCCCCCCGAUGCCACCACGUUAUCCUGCUCCCUAUGGUGAGAGGAUGUCUCCAAACCAGCUCUGCAGUGUCCCAAACUCUUCUCUGCUGGGUCACCCGUUCCCUCCUAAUGUCCCUCCAGUUCUCAGCCCCCUCCAGAGAGCACAGCUCCUUGGAGGAGCACAGCUACAGCCUGGACGGAUGUCUCCCAGCCAGUUCGCACGGGUCCCUGGAUUUGUCGGUAGCCCACUUGCUGCCAUGAACUCCAAGCUGCUGCAAGGGCGAGUUGGGCAGAUGCUUCCUCCAGCACCAGGCUUCCGUGCCUUCUUCAGUGCUCCACCCCCCGCCACGCCACCCCCUCCACAGCAGCACCCCACCGGCCCAGGACCUCACCUGCAAAACCUACGAUCUCAGGCCCCUAUGUUUAGACCAGACACCACUCACCUCCAUCCACAACAUCGGCGACUCUUGCAUCAGAGACAGCAACAGAAUCGGAAUCAGCACCGGAAUCUCAACGGCGCAGGAGACAGAGGAAGUCAUCGGAGCAGCCACCAAGACCAUCUCCGGAAGGACCCGUAUGCCAACCUCAUGUUGCAGCGGGAAAAGGACUGGGUGGCUAAGAUCCAGAUGAUGCAGCUGCAGAGCACUGAUCCCUACCUGGAUGACUUUUAUUACCAGAAUUACUUUGAAAAACUGGAGAAACUGUCAGCUGCUGAGGAACUACAAGGCGACGGCCCUAAAAAAGAGCGCACAAAGCUCAUCACCCCUCAGGUGGCCAGGCUGGAGCAUGCGUACAAGCCAGUGCAGUUUGAAGGUUCUUUGGGAAAACUCACUGUCUCUAGUGUGAAUAAUCCCCGGAAAAUGAUUGAUGCUGUUGUGACGUCUCGGAGUGAAGAUGACGAGACAAAAGAAAAGCAGGUUCGGGACAAGAGACGAAAAACCCUUGUCAUUAUUGAGAAAACCUAUAGUUUGCUCCUUGAUGUGGAGGACUAUGAGAGACGCUACCUCCUGAGUCUAGAAGAGGCCCGGCCUGCCCUGACGGAGGACAGGAAGCACAAGAUCUAUAGCAUGUAUGACAACUUACGGGGAAAGGGACCUGGACAAGAGAGGCCAAGUGAUGACCAUUUUGUGCAGAUCAUGUGUAUCCGAAAAGGGAAGAGAAUGGUUGCCCGGAUUCUUCCUUUCCUGUCCACAGAGCAAGCAGCUGACAUCCUUAUGACAACAACCAGGAACCUCCCUUUCCUUAUCAAGAAAGACGCGCAAGACGAGGUGCUGCCGUGCUUACUGAAUCCCUUCUCUCUCCUCCUCUAUCAUCUUCCACCAGUGACUGUCACCAGCCUUCUGCAACAGCUAAUGAACCUACCUCAGAGUGCGACCGUACCGGCACCCUCCAAUCCUCACCUCAGCGCUGUGCUCCAGAACAAGUUUGGCCUGUCACUGCUCCUCGCCAUCCUGAGCCGCGGGGAAGACCUACAGAGUUCAGAACCGGCUACGGAAUCAACGCAAAAUAACCAGUGGACGAAGGUGAUGUGCAUGGCAACCCGGGAACUCCUGCGGAUUCCCCAAGCAGCCCUUGCCAAGCCGAUCUCGAUACCCACAAACCUGGUAUCCCUGUUUUCUCGCUACGUUGAUCGACAGAAACUGAACUUGCUGGAAACAAAACUGCAACUAGUUCAGGGGAUACGAUAAAAGAUCUCCAGAUGUGUCCUGUGCCUCCUUUUGGCUGUCAUCUGCACUGCUGCCAUCACCAAUGGAGUGUUUUUUCAUGAGGGAGGGAAGGUGGCUUAUUAAAGCGUCUUUGUGGGACUAAUUCCUAUUCACAGGGGUCAUCUCAUGCCAGGUGUUGUCUCACUGCUCUAUGGAUUAGGCUGGGUGAUACUUUGCUGGUUUCUUCUUACCUUCUGUGUCAUAACUGUGCAUGUCCUACUUUUACUCAAUUCCUCUCAGUUUCACUUUUUUUUUUUUUGCUCUAGAAACAGACAUAAUCUUUCCCUUUAUGCGACCACCACUACUCCAGUUUUGAGUAAAUCAUAGCCUGCCAAAGGACUCCUUCGUUUAUCCUGUUGAUGUCUGAUGGCCCCAUAUCGAUAUGACUAUAGGAGAACCAAUGAAGUAGAAGUUAAUAUAUAUAUAUAUAUAUAUAUAUAUAUAUAUAUAUACACACACACACACACUUUCCCCCAUAAAUAAGUUUAUAUGGUCUCCAGAGGAUCCUUAAAGAACAAGUUUUACACUGAAAAAAAAAAUUUUUUUUUUUUGUUUACACACCCCUCCUCUGAACACACACCAGCUGAUGUAAUUUUGAAUCUGUUUCUAGUCCUUGUAAUUAAUUUGGCAGGUCCUACUUGUUUAAUAUUAAAUACAGGGUAUGCAGUACAUUUAAUAAAAUCAAAACUUCAUUGGCUGGUGCCCAGUUCUAGACUGAGAAGACCUCCUCCCCCUUCACCCCCCACCCCCAUAUUUUGUUUGUUUCCGUCCACCUCAAUGGAGACAGCACACGGUUAAGUCCUUUUCCCUGUCCCGAGUGAGGGUGUACUUGAGUGUAACCCAUCAGGUGCGAGCCAGAUGGCCCAAGUUGACCCUGACAGCCCGCAUCCACGCUGUGGCUUUUGCACACACGCUCCGUCUUCCUAACACCACUUCAGUAAGCCACGCUCUGACUUCUCUUUUCCCCCACUUGUAUUUGGCAUCACGGGUCGAGACCUCCACAUGGAAGCACGGAAGCCAAGGCAGCGUGCUUUCUCCAUCAGUCUGUCUCCUCCACACCACAGCCAGGGCUGCUGUCCUUGCUACUCCGUCUCCCCCCCCAAGUCCUGUCCCCAGACAAGCAGGUGCCUGCCUGCCUGGCUUUGAAUCCCAGCUGGGACAGGCUGCCCUGCCCCUUCCACUUAUACCCCACUCCCAUUCAGCAACCAACCAGGAUAAAGAGUUCUGAUCGCCAGUGAUUAUGGCCCUCAAGAAAAUUAAAUCUGAAUUAAUUUCACAUGACUGUCCUGGUAAACACUUUUUUUGCUGUUCUCACCUUUUCAAAUGCUGUAGAGUGGGGGACGCAUUCCGAUAUUUAAGGAGAAAUUUGCACAUACACAUAAUCCUACGGUAAACUCCUCGUUUCUAACCAGCUGUCCUAGUUGUUCAUCACCACCUCUCCGCAUUCUCCCCAUUCUGUUACCCAGAGUGCCGCUGUCCUGCAGUGGUGUCACCUAGCUCCCCCCUGCCGUCUCCACGCACUGGUCCCACUCUGCACCUCCCCUGCCUUCCCUUCACAACCGAUCAAGUCAACACUUGAUUAUAAUUUCUUCCUUUCUGUAUUUUAUCUUUCGUUUGGUUCUAAUUAAUAAAAAUUAAAGUUUCUAAAUUUACAUUUUUAUAGUGUAUUGUAAAUAAAAACAAAUUGUAUACUUGAGAAA